CGUUCGUGCAAAGUUCGAAGCUUUUUGCCGUGUCCAGGAGGGUUUCCAACAAAUUGCGGUUCCUCUUCCGCAAAACAGCUCGUCCCUGCCCAUAGGCCGCAACCUUGACCGAAGGACUAAGGUCGCCCAGCAACCACCAGUCAUCAGCUCAAAGGUCAGAUUUCCCCGAUCGUAGGGUCAACCACGCGUCAAUAGAAGUUUGCACGAGCGAAGCAUAAGCAAUGGCAUUACGGAAUUUCUUCGUGAUACACAAGUCUGGACGGACCUACUUUGCCAAGAACUUUCAAGGGGAUGCUUUGGACCAAAGUCUAGUUGUCGGCUUCUCGUCCUCAGUUUCGAACUUUGCGCGAACACUCCUGGGUGAGGACAUCCGGGAAGUGGUGUCUGUGAAAGGGCGGAUCUUGUACAAGGAAUUUGGGGAUUUUGUCUUUAUAGCGCAUAGCGAUCUUCAAACAGGAAGUUCGAUCAUUCAGGCGAUUUUACGAGAUGUUGGGGCGAUGUGCGAGUUCCUGUUCGGGAACCACGAAUACUGGGACGAAGACUUCUUUGAUCUAAAAGGCGCCCAGGAUAUCCUCUCGACCUAUUUUGCGAAAAUGACGCAGGAUCCGAGCACGGUUGUUAGCGGGGUGAAUAUGAUAUCGUUAGAGCUCGACAUCACGGAGCGAUUGGACAAGCUUUUGGCGUUUUUGGAAAGCCAGGAGGGGGUGUGCGGGAACGGCACGAUGCUUAUCCUCGGCGACUCAGUGCUGUAUUCCCGGCUUGGCCUGCACGAAACCCGGAUGAUCCACCAAUAUCACAAAUCCCGCCCCCUCGGGCACAACUCCGUCCGCUUCACCCCCGUCUACAUCCACGGCGCCUGGCAAAAUCUCUACCUCAUCCGCCUCCAAUCCUACGUCCUCGUCGUCCUCGCCUACAUCGACAAAGCCUUCGCGCCCUUACAGAAUCGCAUCGAAGAGUUCCGCAUCUCCUUCAUCCAGUCCCGCCUCGAGAUACCCACCGAGGAGCCACCGGUGCUGUUGCGACUGUUUGCGAAACGCGAGACCUUGGCGAUGCUUUAUCAUAAUAUCAAGACGGGGUGCACGAUCUUUCCGCAGCUGAGGCCGGGACCCGAGGUGCAGCAGAAGGAGAUUCUGGCGAGUUUUUGGGGGCUUUUUUCGGAUGCGAGUUCGAGCCUCCGUGUACCUGGAGUUUCAGAGUUCGUCAUCACAAGGGAUCAGUACCGGUUCUAUGCCAGAUCGGAAGGCGUCCACAAACUAUACAUUCUCAUGGCAACGGAUUCCGUGUCGUCUGAAGUCGUUCCGAGUAUCGCGGCUGAUGUCUUGCGGAAUCUACGUGCGUUUACGCCAGAACGAUGAUGAUCUCCCUGGCUCCAUUGCCAUGUAUUGUGAGAUUGUAUAUAGAUGUGUUCUUAUGUGAUGAGAAAGGCGAGCAAGUCCGAGUACGCUUUCUCUGCUGUGCACUCAUGCUCCUGCUGUAUGUCUGGGUGGUCAACCUCCCCGGAGGUGCGACGUAACAUGAAACGGACAUCCCAUCUCAAAAACUAAAGGACCAAUCUGAGCCACUAA